AUGGUCGACAACAACGAGCCACUUUCUUUACCUGUCCAAUCGCUCAAACCGAUUCACAACAGCAAGUUCUACAUGGAUUGCAUUACGUUCCAAGUCGAGAAUGAACUCUUCAAAAUCCCUGUGCGAUGCAUCUCCUUCAAUACCGAACCGUUUCGAACCCUCGCCUCACGUUCUUUGCCCUCCGGGGAUAGUCCAGUUGAAGGCGAGAGCGACGAAAGCCCGAUUAUAUUGCCUGAUACUUCAAAGGUUGACUUUGAGGGGUUGCUCGAGGUAAUCUGCGAUCUCGAUCUCAAACGGGAAAAAAACAAAUCCAAAGAUGUGUGGAUCUCAGCGCUGAAGUUAUCAACAAAGUGGAGGCUCAUUGACGUUCGAAGGAUGGCCAUUGAGGUGCUGAACGGGAGGGGAAUCACUCCAGGUCAACUCAUCCAGUACGCGCGCGACUACAAAGUGGCCCAAUGGCUGGUCCAAGGCUAUCACGGCUUUGCGAUGCAGGAAUCACCGCUGGGCCAGUCGGAGGCGCAGGAGAUCACGUAUGGCUUGAACGCAGCUGAGGGAUUGGAUUGCAUCUUGAAGCUUGCUGCUCUACGCGAAAAUGGUCUCACCCGAACGCCUCGUCCAUCGAGCGCAUCAUCUGGCAAACUUGCCUCCUCUGCCGCUGCCAACGAAGUCGUUGUCAAGACUAUAACGGUGAAGAUGGAGACAAUUCGUGGUGUGUUCAAAGACGAGAUAGAUGAAUUGAGUACUUUUGAGAAGUACUUUUACUUAGAGAUAUAG